UCCGGCCCCGGCUUGAAUUGCUCUUUGAGCACCAUGUCAACUCUCACAAACUGGCAUUAGAACCACUUCCUGAUUACGAAUCCGACAUCCAGGCAUCAGGCAUCAUGACGGGAAUCGUCCAAUGGAUACGCGACGAAAUCACCUAUUCGCAAGGCUACAUGCAAGGACGAUACGCCGCCUUGCCCAGUAGCUUCGCCGACUUGACUGGAACCAUGGUGUCGAAGCUAACGAGCUUCAUAUCCAUUCCGCUUCCAUUGCUGUCAAUGUUGGCCUUCCCGAUAUUCGGCGGCUCGAGCACCACCAUCAGCCUGGGAGUAUUUUAUCUCACCUGGCUUGGUCUAGUGUCUAGUCACAGUCACUUAACGAUUGAGCUGUAUGGCACUCUAGUCAUUCGAUGCUUCCUCUUCCUCCUACCAGCCCUUGCAUUCCUGGCCUUCGACUGUCUUCUGCCCAAGUUGAGUCGGCGGGUGAAGGCUCGUGGACGUGAACAUUUGCCUCUUCGGCUAGGACGCGACAAAGUGCUCCGAAUAGCUGGCACAGCUGUCGGCAAUGUGUUUGUGUCAGUAUUGCUCCAGGCUUUCUUGGAAAUCCUUUUCAGCCGGCUUCUACACCUGCGGAGUCUGAUCAAAGUGUCAUCGAUAAUACCACUACCUUGGUCCAUUCUGAAAGAUAUCCUUGGUGGCCUGAUCGUCCGCGGAGUCGCUCACUAUGCGGUCCACCGAUAUUAUUUGCACACAUAUGACACUGUACUCAAGACCUGGCAUUCGAGAUGGCAACAUAGCAUCGAUUUUCCGUUCAGUGUUGUUGCUGCCUGCGUAUUUGUUCCGCUGGCAUGUCCUUACAUGGCACCUCUUCACAGCCAUAACAAGCCUUGAGGACCUUUUUAUUUAUUCGGGAUACUCUGUCCUUCCAUCUACGAUAAUUUUAGCAGGCAUGGCGCGUCGAAUAGAGGCGCACUUCGACUCCGUGACGGCUGGCAAAGAUAUGGGCAAUUUUGGACGUCUUGGCCUCCUGGAUCUCCUAGUCGGGAGUACUUGCAAGGACGAGGACGAUGUCCUCGACGAUAUCAACGAGGAGACAGAAAAGCACAACGUUAAAGAACGAGCUCAAGGAGCAGCGAACUCAGCCAUGGACGGCAUCGAGCGAAAGCAGAAAGCUCGUGGAAGGAAGUAAAAGCGGAGUUAAUCGCAUGAGUGCAGGUGGCUCACAAUAAAGCGCCGCAUGCCAGCUGCGGAGACAAGGAAGGAUCACUUCGACCAGGAUGCUCGUCUGACGGGGUCCGGGAAUUCCAAUCACAUCAUUACAGCUUCUAAUGUGAAUUACGACAGCUGACCUGAGACGAAAGCUAGAUUAGGCCUCUGCAGGAGUCGACUUGGCGUCGGGCGUGAUUUUAUCUGCUUCAAGAUACCCUCUUUGCGUGUGCGUUUAUGAUGACACAUCGAUAUGAAGUACGCUGCGCGUUUAGUUCAGCUUUCCGGCUAGGUUAGCUCAAGCAUGAAUCAGUAUGACUUCCC